GGCAGGCCGAGGAUUUUUCCUCCAUUCAGCGCACUCGACUGUUCAUCCCCCACUUUUCUCUCUCGCCCCCCUUCCCCUCACCUCACAUGCUCCCGAUUGUCUCCUUCUGCAACUUUUUUCAACGCAGACAGAGAGAGAGAGAAAGAGUCUGGAGUGGGCAAUAAAUGGGAGAGAGAGGGCGAGCGAAGAAGAGUGGGGCUGCGAGAUGAGUCGCCAUGGCGGCGUUUGCAGGCUGUAAUUCCGUGCCAUAAUUGCAUCGAUCCCCUCCCCUCCUCCUGCUUCUCCUUCUCCUUCUUCCUUCUUCUUCUGCUCUCUCUCUCUCUCUCUAUCUCUCUAAAGUCAAAUUCUUUAAAAAACCCUUCCCAUGUCCCAAUAGGGGCCAUCACUCGCCCAAAAAGCUGCAACAGCAAAAAGCGCUCCCAGCCUCAACAACAACACCAACAACCACAACAAGAUCGAUCCCACAGCAAACCAGCGAAGCGAAACCUAGACCAAGCUAAACAACAACCUAAGAUACUUCAUCAGAUCAUCACUGUUGUCUAGUCUUCACGGACUGAAGCACACCCAUUUAAUAACCCUUCCUCUCUCUCUCCCUCCCUCUCUCUCCCUCUGUGAGUGUGUAUGUCAUGGAUCAGCUCUCACUUUUGAGGGCAUCAUCAUCGCUCUCAGCUUCUGUCGUCGCCCAUACGUGCAAGAAAUGGCUGGGGUUUUCUAUUUAAGCCAGCUAGCCCACCCAUCAGCUGGCCAGGAUCAAGAACCGGUGGAGGAUACGAACACCCUCUUGCACAGACCGUCCAACCACCAUCAGGAGGCGGAGGAGGAGGAGAUCUUGCAGCUAUGGCCACAGAGCCAGUGGUAUCAUCCCCACCACCACCACCACCAUCAGGGUCAUCAAAGCACGGACGGCUACUUUUCGCUUGGAGCAGGCCCUAGUUCGCGAUCUCCGGAGCUACUGACGGUGAUGAUGAGACCCGGAGGAGGAGGAGGAGGAGGAGGAGGUAUAAAUUGCCAAGACUGCGGGAACCAAGCCAAGAAAGACUGUGCCCACUUGAGGUGCAGGACUUGCUGCAAGAGCCGAGGGUUCGAAUGCCCCACCCAUGUCAAGAGCACGUGGGUCCCCGCGGCCAAGCGCCGCGAGCGGCAGCAGCAGCUCGCCACCGCCGCCGUCAUGCACCACCACCACCAGCAGCCGUUGCGGCAAGAGCAGCCGUUUCAGCUCGACCAUUAUACCAUGAGGCAGAGAGAGGGCGACGUCGGUGCCGCCCCGCCGUUCCCCACCGCUGCCUCGGGGUUGGAAGUGGGACAGGCGUUCCCUCCAGAAAUCAAUUCAUCCGCUGUUUUCCGAUGCGUAAGAGUGAGCGCAAUGGAUGACACUGACGAGGAGUUCGCGUACCAAACGGCUGUCAAUAUUGGAGGGCAUGUUUUUAGGGGGGUUCUCUAUGAUCAAGGGCCCGAGAGCCGCUUCGGUUCGGUGGGUGAGAGUUCUUCCGGUGGUGGCGGUGGAGCUCACCAACCUCUCAAUCUGAUAACCGCCGCACCAGGCUCCACCGCCGCUACCGCCACAGCCUCCGCUGCCACCAGCAACCUAGCCACUGCAUUGCUGGACCCUUCGAUGUAUGCAACUCCGCUCAACGCUUUCAUGGCCGGCACGCAAUUCUUCCCUCCCCCAAGGUAAUUAUCAAAACGUUCCAUCCCUCAGUGUUAUCGACCAUUUUUCCAUCCAAAAGUUUCAAGAUUUUAGAUGCAUUGACGAUGAAAAUUGAGGAACUCGACGCGGCAUCGAAGCUUUUACCUAAGAGUUUGAACUUGAUUAGACGAUGAAAACUUCUCAAAAUUCAAGAAUAAUUUUCGAAAUCCGAUUGUUAUAUCACGCACUUGUCUUUGUCCGGACUCCAUUGUAUCCUUCUUAGUUUAAGCAGCUUCAAGUUUGACUUUCUAGUAGUGUAAUGUCCUCAUUUCAUGUUUUAAUUAUGGAUGAUGAUCCAAUUUUUCUUUGCCUAAA